CCUUUGGGGUCCCUUCCCACUGUCCCUUCUCUGACCCGCUUCUCUCCCCUCUGGCCCCGUAGUGCAACCUGCAGGGGAUGUGGGUGAACGAUCUGGGCUCCCGGAUGUUCAUCGGGCCCCUGAACGCGGCCGGCCAGUUCUCGGGCUACUACCUGGCCGCCGUCUCGGCUGCCCCCAACGCCGCCAUCCGGGAGUCGCCCCUGCACGGCACGCAGCACCCCAACCCCCCGCGCGCCCAGCCCACCUUCGGCUUCUCCGUCAACUGGUCCUUCUACGACUCCACCACCGUCUUCGUGGGGCAGUGCUUCUUGGAUGAAAACGGCGACGAGUUCUUGGAGGCGACGUGGCUGCUGCGGGAGGAGGUGGCGACUCACGCAGACAACUGGAAGGCCACCCGGGUUGGCCAGAACGUCUAUGUACGUGUCAGAUGAAAAGGAACCAGGAUCUGGGCCUGCUUCUGCUACUCGUGCGUAGGACCAGCUACAAGACAACUCCCCUUCCCUCCACCAACACUGCCCCCUGCCUUUUCCACAGGGAGGGGCAAUAAUCCCCCCUCAGGGCAGGGGUUGGGGGGUGCUGCUUUUACCACCCCACCCGCUAGAGAGAACAUUUGCUGCAGGUGCUGACAGCUUUUGAUAAGGCAACUGCUAAGGGUUUGUUCUCUGCACUCGGUAGGGGCUUUUGGGUGGCCUUUUACAUACUUAUUUUAAACCUUCUUUUAAAUACUCUGUGCCUGCCCCAGAGAACUGUCUCAUGGGGCAAUUGCAGAAAACCAAUAAAUAAACCUUUCUAUUGUUCA